AUGGUUCUCACUACUGGAAUCACCGAUGGCCCACUCGUAGCCCGUCAAGAGAUUCGUGUCUUUGCCAAAGACCAAGAUUUGAUGAACCUCUUCCUUCUUGGUAUGCGCAAAAUUCAAGAAGUUGACGAGUCCAAGACCACCUCUUGGUUCCAGAUUGCCGGCAUUCAUGGACGCCCUUAUGUCACUUAUGAUGGAGCCGCUCCUUCGCCAUUCCGUGGUGGUCAGGAUGGUUACUGCGUCCACUCUUUGCUCCAGUUCCCAACUUGGCAUCGUCCAUACCUUGCGUUGCUAGAGCAAGAGAUUUACAACUGCAUGAUUCAAGAGGCUAACAGGUUCACGGAUCCGGCCAAGAAAACCAAAUACCUCGAAGCCGCCAAGCGAUUCCGUUUGCCGUAUUGGGACUGGGCGGCCAAUGGAGAUAUUCCCGAUUUCAUCUCACAACAACCAACCGUUCAACUCGAAACACCUGACAAGGGCAUCGUAGACAACAUUCCAAACCCUCUUUACCAAUACAAUUUCCAGAAAAAGGGAACCACCUUUGGUCUUCGAGGUAACUCGGUGUUCAACGAGUACAAACAUACGGUCCGUGCACCCGUGCGAAACCGAAACGGCCAAGCCGAAUCAUCUCCCUCAUCCAUCGAACGUGAAAUGGCCAGCAACCGCGCCAGUCUCCGCGCUCGAGUUUACAACCUGCUCGUCAACGCAAAGAACUACUGGUCCUUUUCCCACGACGAAUGGCGUGGCGACGUUCGCGUCAACACCAUGGACAGUCUCGAGUCUCUUCAUGGCAACCUUCACAAUUUUAUCGGAAGUGAAAAUGGUCAUAUGAGUUCUACUGAUUUCGCUGCGUUUGAUCCCAUCUUUUGGUUCCAUCAUUGCAACGUGGACCGCCUUUUCGCGAUCUGGCAAGCCCUAUACCCGAAGGAAUGGUUCCAAGGCGCAGACAGAGAUCAACUAACACCAUUCUGGCGAAAGCAAGGAGUCUACUGGACAUCUAAUGAUGCUCGCGACACCCGUACUCUUAACUAUACCUACCCAGAACUCGCCAAAUGGAGUGACCUCUCCCCACAAGAAAAAUCUGCUCGUCUGCAUACCGACAUCAACCUCAUGUACGGCUCCAGGGCAGCGCCGUUUGCAGCCAUCGUUCCAGACUUGUUCAAGCGAACCGCAGAGGUAGAAGCGCAUACCACCGUCGACCCAAAGAAACUUUCGAUCAUCAAGGCACACAAGAAUCGUUCGGCGGAGACACCGGCUCAGGAACUGCCUGCCAAGAUGAUGAGGAUGCAGAUGCACGGCAUUCAAAAGGCUCAAGAGAUCCCGUUACCCGCCCCAGUGCAGAUGAUCCCAGUCGCAAAGGAAGAGGCCAGUACGACUGCUGAGGUGGAAGUUCAAGUUCCCGCGUUGGAGACACAAACCUUUAGCAUCGAAAAGCAGCCCGAAAUCGCAUUGCCCCCACCGCCAACUGUUGAGCGAGUACUCAAGGAGUACAACGAAUGGACGGUGAACAUCAGCGUAGAGAAAUACGCCGUUCGGAAGCCUUUCCUCGUCUACAUCUUUAUUGGUGAUUUCGAGCCCGACUCGAGCACCUGGGCUACGGACCCCGACCUCGUUGGAACUUGGUCUAUGUUCGGCAAUGAGCUCGACAAUACGCAAUGCGCUAAUUGCCACGAGGCGGCGGAACAGCACAAGAUGAUCUCUGGUUCGAUCCCUCUCACCAAUGGCCUGGUGAGAAAGGGUUUCGAGUUGGGUGGGCUUGAUCGUGAGACGAUUGUCCCAUACUUGACGAGAGAGCUCCACUGGCGCGUCACAGGCUUGGCUCGCGAGGAUAUCAAGCGCGAGGACAUUCCAAGUUUGAAAGUUUCUGUCACUCGCUCUGUCGUGUCUGUUCCCGAGAGCCUCACCGAGUUCCCGGUCUGGGGCGAACCAAUCCAAGAGCCGGAGAUUACUGUUGGCCGUCCAGGCGGUGCCGCCGAGGGCGAUAUGUAA